UGGAGAGCGGGUCCGCCGAACUGAUUCCGUCGAUUUUCCCUGCCAAGCCAGCACCCGGCUGGGGAGGAGCGCAUCCCAGCCCGCGCCAGUACCAGGCCUUUUUUCGAGGGUUCCGUCAUGGCGUCCCAGCCGAAUUCCUCCACGAAGAAGAAAGAGGAGAAGGGGAAGAACAUCCAGGUGGUGGUGAGAUGCAGACCAUUUAAUUUGGCAGAGCGGAAAGCUAGCGCCCAUUCUGUUGUGGAAUGUGAUCAUGUACGAAAAGAAGUUAGUGUACGAACUGGAGGACUGGCCGACAAGAGCUCAAGGAAAACAUAUACUUUUGAUAUGGUUUUUGGAGCAUCUACUAAACAAAUAGAAGUUUAUCGAAGUAUUGUUUGUCCAAUUCUAGAUGAAGUUAUUAUGGGCUAUAAUUGCACUAUUUUUGCAUAUGGCCAAACUGGCACUGGAAAAACCUUUACAAUGGAAGGUGAAAGAUCACCUAAUGAAGAGUAUACUUGGGAGGAGGAUCCUUUGGCUGGUAUAAUUCCACGUACUCUUCAUCAAAUUUUUGAGAAACUUACUGCUAAUGGUACUGAAUUUUCAGUCAAAGUGUCUCUGUUGGAAAUCUAUAAUGAAGAACUUUUUGAUCUCCUUAAUCCAUCUUCUGAUGUUUCUGAGAGACUACAGAUGUUUGAUGAUCCCCGUAACAAGAGGGGAGUGAUAAUCAAAGGCUUAGAAGAAAUUACAGUACACAACAAGGAUGAAGUUUAUCAAAUUUUGGAGAAGGGAGCAGCAAAAAGGACAACUGCAGCAACAUUAAUGAAUGCAUACUCUAGUCGUUCCCACUCAGUUUUCUCUGUCACAAUUCAUAUGAAAGAAACAACAAUUGAUGGAGAAGAGCUUGUUAAAAUUGGAAAGUUGAACUUGGUUGAUCUUGCAGGAAGUGAAAACAUUGGCCGUUCUGGAGCAGUUGACAAGAGAGCUCGGGAAGCUGGAAAUAUCAACCAAUCCCUGUUGACUUUGGGAAGGGUAAUUACUGCUCUUGUGGAAAGAACACCUCAUGUGCCUUACCGAGAAUCUAAGCUAACCAGAAUCCUCCAGGAUUCCCUUGGAGGACGUACAAGAACAUCUAUAAUUGCAACAAUUUCACCUGCAUCUCUCAAUCUUGAGGAAACUUUGAGUACAUUGGAAUAUGCUCACAGAGCAAAGAACAUACUGAAUAAGCCGGAAGUUAACCAGAAACUAACCAAAAAAGCCCUUAUUAAGGAAUAUACAGAAGAGAUAGAGCGUCUGAAACGAGAUCUUGCUGCAGCUCGUGAAAAAAAUGGAGUGUACAUUUCUGAAGAGAAUUUUAGAGCCAUGAAUGGAAAACUAACUGUUCAAGAAGACCAGAUUGUAGAAUUGAUUGAAAAAAUUGGUGCCCUUGAGGAGGAGCUAAGUAGGGUUACAGAGUUGUUCAUGGAUAAUAAAAAUGAACUCGACCAGUGUAAAUCUGACCUGCAGAAUAAGACACAGGAGCUUAACACCACUCAAAAACAUUUACAAGAAACUAAAUUACAGCUUGUUAAAGAAGAGUAUGUCACGUCAAUUUUGGAAGAUACUGAGAAGAAACUUCAUGAUACUGCCAGCAAGUUGCUUAACACAGUUGAAGAAACUACAAAAGAUGUAUCCGGUCUUCAUUCCAAACUGGAUCGUAAAAAAGCAGUUGAUCAGCACAAUGCAGAAGCUCAAGAUAUUUUUGGCAAAAAUCUGAAUAGUCUGUUUAAUAAUAUGAAAGAAUUAAUAAAGGAUAGCAGCUCAAAACAAAAAACCAUGCUGGAAGUUCACAAGAACUUGUUUGGUAACCUGCUGUCUUCCAGUGUUUCUGCAUUAGACACCAUUACUACAACAGCACUUGGCUCUCUCACAUCUGUUCCAGGAAAUGUGUCUACACAUGUUUCUCAGAUUUCUAAUAUGAUAUUAAAUGAACAGUCAUUGGCAGAAGAAAGUAAAACUGUACUUCAGACAUUGAUUAAUGUACUUAAAGCAGACCUUCUAAGCUCACUGGAGAUAAUUUUAUCCCCCACUGUGUUGGCUAUACUGAAAAUCAAUAGUCAACUGAAGCAUAUUUUCAAGACUUCGCUGACAGUAGCUAAUAAGAUAGAAGAUCAGAAAAAGGAAAUGGAUGGCUUUCUCAGUACGCUGUGUGACAGUCUACAUGAACUACAAGAAAAUACGAUUUCUUCCUUGGCUGAGUCACAGAAACUAUGUGAAAAUUUAACUGAAGAUCUGAAGACGGUAAAGAAAAUCCAUUCACAGGAACUUUGCCAGUUAAUCAAUCUUUGGGAAGAGAGAUUCUGUGCUUUGGAGGAAAAGUGUGAAAGCAUCCAGAAACCACUUAAUAAUGUCCAAAAAAAUACAGAGCAGAAAUCUAAGGAUAUACUCAGCAAAACAACUUCUCACAGUACAAAAUUUUGUGCUGAUUCUGAUGGCUUAUCACAGGAACUCAGACAUUUUAACCAAGAAGGUACACAGUUGGUUGAAGAGUGUGUGAAACACUGUGAUAAACUGAAUAACAACUUUGAAAUAACAUCUCAAAAGAUUGAACAGACAUGUGAGGCUCUGAACACAAGCACACUUUGUUUUUCUGAACAGUGGGUAUCUUGCUUAAAUAAAAGGGAAGAGGAAAUUCAAAACUUAUUGGAGGUUGUGAACCAAGGUUGUAAGGCUGCAAGUUCAGAGAUUACUGAAAAAUUAAAUGGACAUAAAGAAGCUAAUGAGAACCAGCGUAACAUUUUUCUUGGUCAGAUAAAUAUUGAUGAAGAAAAAUUAAUGGCACAAAGUCUAGAACUUAAUGAAACCAUAAAAAUUGGUUUGACUAAGCUUAAUUGCUUUCUACAACAGGAUCUGAAAAUGGAUAUCCCAACAGGUACGACACCACAGAGGAGAAAUUAUGUAUAUCCAUCAACACUGGUGAGAACUGAACCACGUGAACAGCUCCUUGAUCAGUUGAAAAGGAAACAGCCUGAGCUGUUAAUGAUGUUAAGCUGUUCAGAAAACAACAAAGAAGACACCAGUCAGGACUCCGAUGAAGAAAAGACAGUUUUGGAGCACACUGUUGAAGAACCUCCAAGUCAAGAGCCAUCUGUAGAUGCUAGUGUGGAUUGUUCAUCAAGUGGUGGGGUUCCAUUUUUCCAGCAUAAAAAAUCAUAUGGAAAAGACAAAGAAAACAAAGGAAUUAAUCCAGUGGAGAGGUCUAAAGUAGAAGAAACUACUGAACAAUCUGUUACAAAGAGCAGAUUACCUCUACGAGCCCAGAUAAAUCUUUAGUUAACUUGAGGGGUUUUCAUUUUAUUUUUAAGAAAAAUUAAAAAUAAAACCUGUAACCUCAACUUGAGCUUUGUGUAU